AUCCAAAAAACGAAACCACGGCAGCAGAAAACAGUCCCAGCGGUGGCGCAGCUAGCAACAGCAGCGGCAACGGCGGCGGACGCUCCCGGCCUCGCCAAAAUGCGACUGAAACGACCCUCCGUUCCCCAUCUCUCCUCCCGCUGCACCUGAAGAAUCACACGCGCAUGUCCGGGCCGCGUCCCGACCAUCGACUGAUCGUGCCGAUGAUCCUGACUCGACCCCGACCCACGAUUCCCCACAACGAACCCGGGUCGUUCUGCGGCUCCGUAACGGUAACCCCAACUGCAGUCCGGCCUCAAUCCGGCACCCCGAGCACGUACUGUUGGUACCGAUCGUCUCCGUCGUCGCUUUCGGGGGCUCCUGCAGGGCGCCGGCCGCCGGAGCUCCAAGCAGCUCGGCGCCCAUCCUUGCAGCCUCGGCGGCCCUCUCGACGGCGUUGAGGCGGUCCCUGUAGCACCCCGCGCACGUCUUCUUGGCCGCGGCGGCGUGCUCGCUGCCAAACCCCAGCUGCUCCUUCGUCUCUGCCGCCAUGGCCGCCGGGUCGAUCAGAUCUCAAAAUCAGCACGUACGGGAUCGCUUACUCGUCCUAUUGGAGCCCUGAGCACGGAGAUCGAUUUGAGCUUCGUUCCGUUUGUACUUUGGAGGGGAGUCGCUUCUUGAUUCUGUAGGAGACUAUAAAAGAAUCAAGGAUGGCCGAUCGCUGGCAUAGUCGAACUCGGACGACGGACGGACUCCGAUUUCCCGUGUGCAUCCUCAGAUGAUAAGGCGGAAAUAUACAUAAAGGCCCCUGCAGUUUAUAAUAUUUACUUCCACAUUCUCGUAACUUACUUGCAGAAACCCCACUAUGUGUUCUGCCAUUUACAGCGAAGCUCUUCUGCCUUAUCCCUGCGACCCCGGCGCCGCGUGGCUUGCUUCCGAAACGGCCGUUCCGAUGGCUGCCUCGCCGUCGGCUCCGCCCUCUCUUCUCCUCCGCCUCCGGGCGCCGCCCUGCAGAAGCAGCGGGAGGUCCCUCUGCAUCCUCGCCAAGCGGAUGCUUCAGCCAUUCCCCUCGGAAAUAACCGGUCGCCGUCGCGUGGCAGCGACAGUGGUGGACAAGCUCGCGCCGCGGAGGCAGGAGACUCGCCGUCUGCCAUGGACGGGGGGCUUCGCGUGCCGCUGCUCCUAUGAUCCAGGGAGCGAGCCGCCCGCGCCUCCUUCUCCUCCUCCUGGUGAGAGCUUGGAUGAGUGGCCUGUACUUCGCCGGUGGGAUGUGCCAUGGGAAUGGCCGACCAUUUCGCUCACGAUGGUGGCCUGUGCUGUGAGCUCCCUUUUGACAGGAAUGGUUGAGAAAUCAGGUUUGGAGUAUCUAGGUUAUCAAGCUGGGGAGGCAACUAUUGAUGAGAAGGCAGGCGUACUCUUUUUGGGACAAUUUAGUGUGACGGCAGUUGUGCUUGGAGUUAUAUUUGGCAUUACCAAUACCUUCCGACCAUUCUCAGACGAUAUAUUCCGUUAUGAUUUUAAGGAACCAUUUAAGCUGCCAAAUGGUUGGCUUCUCUGGGCUGGAAUUGGCCUCUUUUUUGCAGUAAUUUUCAUUGCUCUAACUGGAGCUGCAAUGACCUUUCUGAAUGGUGAAGCUGCGCAGAGAGAGACUGACUCCCUAGUCCUUCUGUUGCCACUGAUUGGCUCAUCAAAUAUCAGCACUGCCUACUUGCUCGGGAUCACUGGGGUUCUCGCACCAAUCCUGGAGGAAACUGUGUUUCGAGGAUUUCUAAUGGUGUCCUUGAAUAUGUGGUUUUCCACUCCAGUAUCUGUGCUUAUCACUGCUGCAGUAUUUGCCUUCGCUCAUCUUACACCAGGAGAAUUUUCGCAGCUGUUUGUGCUUGGUGUGGCACUGGGAUUUUCAUAUGCUCAAUCUCGUAAUCUUCUCACUCCUAUUAUGAUGCAUGCUAUCUGGAACUCUGGAGUAAUAGUGUUGCUAACCUUUCUUCAGCUGCAGGGAUACAAUAUCAAGGAGCUGUUGCAGGCAUCUUGAAGGUUUCAUUUGGUCAGCUUAGUUUUUUCUUGUGCUGACUUGUAUUUUGUCCUCCAUGGGUUGUGUGAAGUAGUCUGGAUCUCUAAGAUUGCUAUCCAGUGGAAAUGGUCAUGCCAAACUAUACCAUGUUUCCUUCAUUCAAAGGUUUUAACUAUCUCCAAUUUGACCUAUCAUGACUCCAUCCCAAAUGCCAGGUGUAGCUUUAGAAUCUGCCAGGUCACACCCAGCCAUGGAAAAACCCAAUUACUUUUACUUGCUUGCUGGCUCAAAAACUAAAGGCGGCGCUUUCUUUCAUGUGCCAAACCAACGUGAACUCAUGCCUGAACUGGAUGCUUUAGGAUCAUGGACCAAUUUGUUUGGGUAGCUAUGUAAAGCAUGUUCGUUGGCUCUCCACAAGAUGUUAGUCCCAGCUAGGACCAAAUGGUGUGUCUGAAGUACAGUGAUAAGUUCUUGUUGUGAUAUUUACCCAUGCUGUUACUAUUCUGAUUAGUACUUGCGUAGUUGCAUGUGUGAAUGCAAACUUACAUUUAAUAAAGAACAUGAACUGUAACUGUAAGAGUGUCUUGCAAGGUGUACAAUUAUUUGUAUUCUGCUCGAAAGGGAUCUUGUAGUGGAAAAUAUGAGGCAAUGGCAAAAAUCUACUGGAGAAUUGUACUAAAAAUUUAGCGAAUAUCCUGGAUUUUGCUAAAUCUUUACAGGCUAGAGUGAAUUUAGAAGUUAGAAUAUGAGUUGCCAACAUAUGGAAGUAACAUGCAUACCUUCAUGUGCAUCAAUAAAUAAUAUUUAGGUUAUUUUAUUUAAUCUUCCCUUUGUGCAGAGAUGGUUUAUGUAUUUCUGAAAACACUUCAUUUUCCUUACAAUGUUUUUGUUUAUGUUUCCUUACUACUUUUGGCUAAUAUCUGGUAAAGUUGCACCGUUUGGAGUUAUCAGGCUCUCAAUGUUAGUUUUCUCUUCCGGUCUUCCCUGUAGAAUUCUUUAUGAACAGAGAGAACUGAAGUGACUGCGACAUCAAGAUGCAACCCCAGGGGUUCUUAAUUACUGCAUUAUUAAUCAGCCGCUGUAGCUGGUGUCUUACCUGGUAACGUUACUCAAGGGGAAAAAUAAUGCUUAUGAUGCUAUCAUUUGGAUGUAGGUGUUGCUUUCUGAGCAAUCCCUUUAACAAUCAGAAGAAGAUGCUACUGAAUAAGGAAGAAUUGCAAUGGGAACCCUGUUGGUCAUGUUACCGUGCGCAUGGAUAAAGAUGGCAAGUUUAAAGAAUGUUCCUUGUAUGAUAGAAAUUGCUUAUCUGGAGACUGGGGAUGAUCUCUGGUAGGAUGCUUUCUCAGCUCUCUACCUUUUGAUACUUAUAUAAUACUCUGAUAAGUAUCAUCUCCUCUUUUUACCACGCAUGCAAAAGGACCUGGAAAUGGCUGUACAUUGUACUAGUAGUAAUAUUUUUGACUUGUCACUUAUAUUUACUCAACAAUCAAAACAAAGACCUUAUUUUUGUUGCUUCAAUCUACUACUUAUUAAUCA